GUAAGAUUAAACAUGGCAACUGCACAGACUCAAGAACAGAUUUGGCAGAGUGAUAAAUCAUUGGCUGAAUGUUUGGGCCAUCUCUUCACUUCCGGUAUAGCUUGUGACGUCACUUUCCUGGUUGAAGAAGGAAAAUCUAAGAUUUCCGCCCACAAAACUAUUCUCAUCAACAGGAGCCCCGUAUUUUAUGCUAUGUUCGAGGGAGAUCUCGCCGAAAAAGGAGAAAUUGUCAUUCCGGAUGUGACGCGGGAGAUAUUUACAUUGUUUCUAAGGUACCUUUAUACGGACACAAUAGAAUUCAGCGACACUGUAGCAAUGCCUGUCUUAUCUGUUGCGAGGAAAUACAUGGUGGAUCAUCUUGUUACGAAGUGUCAAACCUUCAUUAAGAAAUCCAUAACUCCGGAAAAUGUAUGCUUCUGGUUGGAACAAUCCCACCUACAUACAGAGGAAAGUAUGAUGGAAGAAUGUCUGCGUAUGAUCAACAAAACACCGGAAGUAGUGCUGAAAUCCAAAAGUUUCCUUGACUUGUGCGGUGCCUGCGUGAAACGUAUUACAGAGUCGGACAACCUGAAUGUGGAUGAAAGGAUGGUGUACGAGGCGGUGAUUCGGUGGGGGGAGGCAGAGUGUGAACGUCAGGGACUGGAGUUGACAGACAGCAACGUCCGGAAGGUACUCGGGGACGUCUUCUACACCAUCAGGUUUCCGGUUCUUGUGUUACCGGCUCGCUUGGCUGUGGUCCAUAUGAAUUACAAAGAUAGAUUUCUUCAACACGGUACCAUAGUGAUCAAUGCAACAUAG